AUGAAAUACGGCCAGCAAUUGGAACAGGAAUCGGUUCCAGAAUGGAGCUUGCACAACCUCGACUACAACUCUCUCAAACAUGAGAUAAAGGUCCACACGACGCGCGACCAGGCCUCGGCCAUGGCCAUCCCCGGCCACCAGGACACUGCGCUGCGCAAGUUCGAGGAUGGGCUCUUCGACGAGCUCGGCAUGCAGCACGACCGCGUCGACAUGUUCGUCACGAGCAAGGCCGACGAGAUUUCGAGGCGGCUAGAACACCUCAACGCCAGCAUCCAGCGAAGCAUCGCCAAACACUCUGCCGCAAGCGACCAGUCGUUCUCGCUCAAGCGCCAGCGACGAUUCGCCAAGUACGAAAGAGAGCUGAUGCGCUGCGGUGAUGACAUUCAGGCCCUGUCGCGUUUUGCCAACGCCCAGAUUGUUGCUUUUCGAAAGAUUCUCAAGAAGUACAGGAAAUGGACAGGUUCCACCACCCUGACCUCGCGCUUCAACGACGCCGUCCUGGGGAACCCAAAGAGCUUCACCAGGCGCGACUUCAGCCCCCUCCAAACGCGGUACGACGAGAUCCUCUCGGAACUUCGGUCAGCGGCGCCGGCCCUCAGCGACCCCGGCUCGCCGUCGUCGGACGAACAGCCGCUGCCCGAGCCGACAAGGCCUAGAACGACGCGAGUCAACUUCGACGCCCUGCCACCAGCACAGAUGAGCUCUCAGGUCAAGUACUGGAACGAGUACGACGACGGUAGCGAUGCUGGAGGUGCCGAAGACGACUAUGCCAUCUACAUCAACCCGGAAGAGGACACGGGCUUUCCAGGCAUGGCAUACGUGCAUGCCAUCGUCUCGAUGCCCUACGAAAAGGCAAAGCAGUGGUUUAGACAUCGCCAGAGUGGCGAGCGGCGGCCCCUCCUCUCCACCGAGAGCACCAGCCAGAGCUACUCGUCGACGGCUGUCGAUUCGGAAGAGGAGGGCUACGCCAGCUCCGACGGGUUUCCCUACCAGGGGUACACGACGCAUUACGCACUGCCCAGCAUCAGCGAACAAAAGGCCAUGAGAUACAGGGAAAGGUCGCUUCUGUGGGGCACAGUGGGUUGCUUCGUCGCAUCGUUUGUCCUGCUAGGCAUCGCGGGCAUUCUCAUCUCGACGGGCAAGCGAAAGCUCCGAGUCGAGGUGGACGCCGGCGUCACGGUCGGCGUCAUGGUCAGUCUGUUUUGCGCCUGCACCGGUCUUGGCAUGACGCUGUACCGCCAGGACCGGCUCUCGCUGGUGUACCGGCUCGCCGUGUGGAGCGGGUUCGUGGUCUCGUGCCUGCUCAACGGGAUGCUUCUCGUGCUGGUGCUGGGCAACACGCCCUGA